GUGUAUCUCUGUCAACUUCCGGAAAAUGUGGUUACAUUAAACUAAUUAUUUUAAAGACACGUGAAUGUAAACAAAUUACGUCAACUGUCCGUAUUAUUCCCGACAAUGAUUCGUACGUUAUCACGAAAGCUUGCUGCUGCUGGCAGACUGAGCAAAGUGAACCAGAUGACUGCUCGAUGUUUCUCUUCACCGUCUGACACAUACUCUGAUGAAGAUUUUGGCAAAUCUUACACUCAGGAUAGCCCAACAGAGUACUCCCAUUUCCAGUGCAGUGUUCUGGGCAGGGUUGGCACAGAUCCAAAAGAGGUGAUGUCAAAACAGGGUCGCCCAUUUUGUGCCUUCGCAGUUGGGGUAAAGAGAGGUGGGACAGACUGGCACCAGAUUUUAACAUUCAACACAUCAAGAAUAAAGUAUACAAUGGACAAUAUUGUUGUUGGGGACAGAGUGCUGGUCACGGGAACGUUGUUGCCGGGUAACGAGGACCAGCAACAUGCUGUAAUCUCUGAAAACAUUGUGAGACUUCAGCGCGGAAAGAAAGGCCAAAAGCUGGAAGCAGAAAGGGCUGAACAAGCUUUGCAGCAGGAAGAAAGAGAGUAAACUAGAGUGUCUGGCAAGUGUGAAUAUUUGAGACAUGUGUAUACCACAGCAAGACUGUCGACAUAGUAAAUUUGAUCGACAACGUGUCCCUGCUCACGUAUUUGGAAUAACAAUAUGAUGCCUGAAUCUCUGAUAGUAUGGCUACUGUACAUGGCAUUAAAAUGUGUUCAUUAGAGUGUGUGUGUGUGUGUGAGUGGUGGGGGAGUUACCACCAUUCUGUAGUAGAAUGAUACUUGUUUGAGAUUUAUUAUGAAAGCUUAGCAAGUGUAGCAUUCUGUGUUGUUUGUGUUAAUAUGCUUAAACUCAAGCUUUGCACAAUGUCCUUUUUUUGGUAUAUAUUCAGUUCAGAAUAUUGAUUCCACAAAAACUGUGUGAUCUUUGUGUAUAAGUGGAAAGUGCAAAAUCUUUAUUUGCACUGUACUUGCAGUUCUUUGGAACUUUUAUUUGUGUAUUGUACCGAGAACAAAUUCAAUAUUGUUUUUAAUAUCUUUUAUGACCUUGAUGUCAAUAACAUGGGAAGUCUCCUGUUCAUUGUUUGCACUGUACAUUUUAUUUUCAAUGAAGCUGGAAAUUUCUUAAAUAUUCUGGAACUUUGAAGGAAUGCUUAUAAAGGCAUUAAUCGAUGAUAAUAUAUAUAUGUGGAGUUGCUAAACUUUGAUAAAAAAUUCUAAAACUUUGAAGGAAAGUAUUAAACAUAUGUAGUAAAACUCAUCACUGUGGCAGUAAUAUAUGUGUUGAGUGGCUAAACUUUGAUCAAAUAGAAAAAGUGACGAACAUUGUCAUGUGCUUACGGUGCUUUUUCUUAAAGUAUGUGUUCACCUUGUUGUAUUAUUUGUUUCUACCACAUAUAUAAAUGUGUUCAUUAGUUAAUGAUAAGUAUUGCAGAAACAUAACUGUAAUCAUACAUACCUGACUUUGUAUAUUCUUACAACCAAAAAUGUCAGCGCCCUUUGUUUGGUCAUUACUUUGUUCUGUUUGAUAAAUGUAAUUGCCUGUAAAUUAGUUUGUUUUUGUUAACUUUUUUACACAUUUAUUUUGGCACCAAACAUGUACAUAGCAUGUUACUUCUCUCAUUAGAGCUAAUGUGCUUGUUUUUGCUAUUAAAGAUUUUGGAAACACUUUUUUGUCAUCCAUUAUCUGUACUUAUUUUAUAUUUUAGUUACACUUGACUUGAUUUCUUAACAAUAUGCAAGAAACUGUCAAAAUGUUGUGAACUAUACUAAAAGUUUGCUGUUUAAAGCACUCUUAUAUUGUUCCCUCUUAUUUGUUUACUUUACCUAUACUUUUUGAGAAAAGAAAUUCAAAUUAUUUCAAAGGAAAAUACUGUCAUUUAAAUCUACAUACUGUAUUCAAUAUAUCAUUGUGCUCUACUGUCACACUGUAAUUUGUAAUAAAAGACCAAAGAAACACAGACAGUUUCUUUAUUACAUAGUGCUCAGGUCAUUAUGAUUGUUGGAUGUAAAAAUUCUCCUAAACAAAGGAACAUGUUCAAUUUUCAUAGAAAAUAGAAAGGUAAAAAGGGCGGCAUGUAGUAAUCAGAUUGUCUGUCCGUUCGUCCCUGUGGUUUCCUUCAAUAUCUGAAGAAUGCUUAGGCCCAGUGACCUCAAACUUGGUAGGCAGGUCAUGACCAGCAGAUGAACUAAAUUGAUUUUCAGAUCAAAGGUUAAGGUUGUUGUGACCUUGAGCUGAAAAUCCUUUUCCAAUCAAUAACUUAAGAAUGCUGGGGCCAAGGUUGUGGUGAAUUUAACUGAAAAUCUGUCUCCAAUCAAUAACUUAAGUACAUGGAGACCCGAGGUACCUUAAACUUAGUAGAAAGGUUGGUUAUGACCAGCAGAUGAACCCUUAUGGUUUUGAGGUCAAUGGGUCAAAUUUCAAGGUUGUGGUGACUUUGAGCUGAAAUUAUUUUUUUUACGACAGCUUGGUCCAAGAGACCUCAAACUUUGUAGGCAUGUUGGCCAUGACCAAUAGAUGAACUCUUAUGAUUUUGAGGUCAGUUGGUCAAAGGUUAAGGUCAAUAACUGAUGGGAUACCUGAAUUUCAAUACCUUAAACAAGCAAAAUCAUUUUCCCACAUCAUUUAUUUGCCCCAUUUACUGAAGCUCCAUAUCAUGUUCAGCAAAUUUUAUCAUCAGCACUAGAAGGAAAGUUAUAAGGAAAUGAAGAUUUACAGUUUCGAAUCUGACAUGGUGGCAGAUCUUUAUGUCCGCUGUUGAGAACACUGAAAAUUAUGUGACAAAAACAACUAACUAUUGCUUUUAUAUAUGACAUGUACGGAUACCCUGGUAACUAUUCACACACAAUCCACCUGACCAUUGUGCAGAAUUGUUUAAAAUGGCGCUGACGUUUGACCAUGAUCACAGAUUAAUCUUAAACUUUGCAGAAUAGUCCGUUUAAGGCUAACCUAAUUUCUGAAUUUCUGAUUGCAUAGAUAUUGAUAUGAAAGGAGUGUAGUACAUAUUAUUUUAUUUUAUUCAACUCCAUUGAUGUAAUACUAGUUUGAUUCUGCUUCAUAAUUAGGCUUGUAUACAAGCUAUUGAGGUACAUGUUUUGAAAUCAUGUACAAUCUUUACUGAGGUAUUAAUUAGUAGAUUCAAAUGCAUGCACUAUUUUUGACGCAGAAUGAAAUCUAGAAUUUUGACUAGUUAAGCACAAUUUGAUAUCAUUUUUAUUCUCUAUUAAAAUGUUCCAAAUCUUAA